CAACAAGAACCUGCCAGAGACUUCACUCUUCACAAAAUAAACCAACAUGCAAAUACUUCUCAUUAUCUUGCCAAUCUUUUCCGUUUUGUUUCUGCUAAUAAAAUGGUAUUCAAAUUAUUCCAUAAUCAGAAAAAACUCACUUCCUUCUCCACCGAAAUUCCCAAUAAUAGGAAAUCUCCAUCAACUAGGUUUGUACCCUCAUCGCACCCUCCAAUCUCUGGCAAAAAAAUAUGGCCCCUUGAUGUUGCUCCAUCUUGGGAGGGUGCCGGUUCUUGUGGUCUCUUCCGCUGAAGGUGCACGUGAGAUCAUGAAAACCCAUGAUCUUGUAUUUGCGAACAGGCCCCAAAGGAAAUUGUUCGACAUACUUAUAUAUGGUUCCAAAGAUGUGUCAACAGCCCCAUAUGGUGAGUACUGGAGGCAAUUAAGGAGCAUCUGUGUGUUGCAUCUGCUUAGUGUAAAAAGGGUUCAAUCAUUUCGCUCCGUUAGAGAGGAGGAAACUCAAAUCAUGAUGGAACAAGUCAAACAUUCUACUUCACCAUCUGUUCCAAUAGAUUUGAGCCAAUUAUUCUCCAUGAUUACCAAUGACAUACUUUGUAGGGUCACUUUCGGAAGAAAGUAUGGUGGAGAAAGUGGGAAGGAGUUGAAGGAGUUGUUCAUGGAGUUUACAGAACUUCUUGGUAGUUUUGUUAUUGGAGAGUUUGUGCCUUGGCUUGAUUGGUUGACUAGUGUUUCUGGGUUGUACACUAGAGCAAACAGAGUAGCUACAAGGUUCGAUAAAUUCUUGGAGGAAGUAGUUGAUCACCAUGUGAAUCGAUAUCCAGAUGAUGUUACUAGCAAUUUGGAUCAUGUUGGAUCAGAUUCUCAAGGCCACAAUGAUUUUGUUGAUGUAUUGCUUUUUCUCCAGAGGACAAAUGCAACUGGAUUUCCUAUUAAUAGAACAGUCAUCAAGUGUUUGAUAUUGGAUGUGUUUGUUGCCGGUGCAGACACUACAUCUACCAUCUUAGAGUGGACAAUGACAGAGCUCUUAAGGCAUCCAAUGGUGUUGAAGAAAGUGAAAGAUGAAGCCAAAAACGUGGUUGGUAACAGAAAGAACAUAACUGAAGAUGAUUUGGUUCACAUGCACUACUUAAAAGCCGUGAUUAAAGAAACUCUUCGACUACAUCCACCAAUUCCGUUACUAGUCCCACGAGAAAGCAUGCAAGAUAUCAAACUGCAAGAUUACAACAUUGCUUCGGGAACACGAGUAAUUGUGAACGCUUGGGCAAUAGCAAGAGAUCCUAAGUAUUGGGACCGACCUGAAGAGUUCGCACCGGAGAGGUUCAUGAAUAGUUAUAUAGACGUGAAAGGGAAUGAUUUCGAGUUGAUUCCGUUCGGAGCAGGGAGAAGGGGCUGCCCGGGAACAAUAUUUGCCAUGGUUAUUGUUGAGAUUGUGCUAGCCAACCUCCUUCACCAAUUUGAAUGGGUGUUACCAGAGGGUGUGAAAAGUUUGGACAUGUCUGAAACAGUUGGCUUAACCAUUUAUAGAAAGGUUCCUCUUGUAGCCCUUGCAACCCCAAAGAAUUAAGUAGUUAGACAAGGGGAUUUAGAAAAUGACAAAAAAAAAAGAAGGAUAACAAAGCACCAAAAUUAAGUUCUGAUGCUUUUAUGGUUUUUGAGAAAAUACUUGGUAUGAUACUCUCUA